AUAAGCAAUUAGUUGAUUUAGUUGCAUCCCAUGAAUCUCAUCCUUCUUCUCCUCAUGUAAUCAUGUUCCCAUUCCCACUUCCAUCCCACAUCCACUCCAUGCUCAACUUAGCUCAAAUCCUUUGCCUCUCCCAUCUCAAAGUCACUCUUGUCCUCACCCUCCACGCUCGGAAUAAUGGCUUCUUACGCUUCUCCGAUCUCGAAUCCCAGUUCAGCCGCUACCCCGGCGGCAUUCGCUUCCAUUACAUUCCCGACGGCCUCCCCGGCGACCACCCACGCGGCGUAAUAGAACUGUUGGUUUCUUUAACGGCCACCGCUAAGCCACUGCUGAAAGAGAUGCUGCUCAUGGUCAAUCUCAAGGAGGCUGCGGCGCCGCCGCCGCCGCCGCCGAGGUGCGUCGUCCUGGCCGACGGGCUGUUGAGUUUCGCGAUUGAAGUGGCGGAGGAAGUUGGAGUCCCCUUUUUUUACUUUCAACCCGUGAUCGCUUGCGCCAUCUGGACUUCUCUUUCCCUCCCUCAACUCAUCCGAGGCGGUGAGCUCCCCCUAAAAGGAAGGGACAUGGACAUGCCAAUCACCAACGUUAAGGGCAUGGAAGGUUUCCUUAGAUACCGUGAUCUCCCUGCACAUUACCGACUUGAUGAUAUUGACAACGAUCCCAUUCUGCAAAUCUUCCUUCAAGUCUCGCAGAAUUGCACCAAAGCCAAACAUCACAUAAUCAAUACAUUUCAAGAGCUCGAGGGGCCGAUACUCGACCAAAUGCCGACCAUGAUUUCCAACGUUGUUUACGCCGUCAGACCACUCCAUGAAUUCCUUGUUGCCAAUGGCGGUAGUAUUCACGCUAUAAUGUCCAAUGGUGAUGAUCGUAACAGCAAAAACUGUUUGGAUUGGCUCGACAAUCAACCCCUGAAGUCGGUGUUGUACGUAAGCUUUGGAACCCUAACAAUGGUGAGCAGAGAAACCCUCAUGGAGUUUUGGCAUGGUUUGGUGAACAGUGGGCAGCGCUUCUUGUGGUCUUUGAACUCGUUGUUGGUGACCAAUGGGGAGAUUCCCGCAGAAAUCUUGACCGAUUCUGGAGAAAAGACUUGUGUUGUGGACUGGGCCCCGCAACGUGCAGUGCUAGGCCACUUUGCUGUUGCUGGAUUUUUAACUCACUGCGGGUGGAAUUCAAUUCUGGAGAGCAUAGUUUCUGGAGUGCCGAUGAUAGGUUGGCCAGUCCACGGCGACCAGCAAGUGAAUAGUAGGUACGUUGCGGAGGUAUUGAAGGUUGGCGUAGACAUGAAGGACACCUGCGACCGAACCAUAAUUGAGAAGAUGGUGAGGGAGCUUAUGGAAGAGCGAAAAGAUGAAUUCCUUGAAAGGGCUCAACACUAUUCGAAGUUGGCUAAACAAAGUGUGAGACAAGGUGGUUCAUCCUACUCUAACUUGGAACAUCUACUUGAAGAUAUAAGAAGAAUAUAAAUUUGUGCAUGUUAACUUGGUUGAGCAUUGGAGGGGAAUAUCAAGAUUGAGUUAAAGAUUGAAUGAUCUGAUCUUUGGUGUCUAUUUUACAUGGUUCAAACGUACAAGUAUAGUGAGAUGUAUCAAUUAUUAGUAUAACACCGAUGCCUAUAUCUUUGAAUAA